UUUUAUAUUUUUUAUUUUGUUAGGGGAAAAACUUCAUAUUUUGUAAAGAAAGAAAUAUACAAACCUAAAAUAUAUUUAAAUAUUUGUUAAUUUGUAAACAGAUCUUUACUUUUUGAUAUUUAUUUCAAUAUUCUUAUGUGCUGAGAACUCAUUUCUCAUUAUUUAUUAAACUCAACAUGGGCUUUGAAUGGUUCAGACAAACAAAAAAAAGUUAGAUUCUCGGUGAGCCAAUUAUAAAUGAAUAAUUUAAAAUGGUUGCUUAUGUACAUAACAGCAGGUAAACAGGUUAAAUCACAUCCUGGCCUUCCAUAAAAAUAAAUAAAUAAAUAAAAAUCCAUUGCACUAUUGCAAAUAUACUCUUUUGAAGUCAACAUCCUGCAUUUUUAUAUGUGCAUAAAAAACAAACAACAACAACAACUGAGGAUUUGUUUGAAUAAUCGAUGCAUUUCGUUUAGAAGCCAAAGAAAUUAAUGCAAAAAUAUUCUACUGAAGCAGCUGUAUAGAAUUACAUCCAAUUUUAUUUGUAUUUCCAUUAAAUCCAAAAAGCAUAAAUUGUUUAGGCAGGAAAAAAUUGCACAAUAUGCAACCAAAAAGCAAGAAAUAUGUGCAAAACAGCACAUUUAGCUAAAAUUGCAGCCCUACGCUGUAUAUUUCUCACAUAUUCUAGACAAUCAUUAACAGGAAAUCUUCUCAUAAUCAAACGUAGAUCUCUUGAAGUGUCUGAUAUCUCAGAACUGAGAUCUGUGAACAGUAGUUCUCGUCCAGUCAGUUAUGGUGGACUAAACAGGUUUUUCAGAGUGAGGAAUGCUGCUAUUUUCUCAUUUAUACACAAAUACACACCCACCUGUCAGUGUAUAAGUAGCUGAGUUCUCAGGAAACAGCUCUUGUCUUCCUGUCAACCCUCUGUUUCGCACCUCUCCAUCUCUCUCUCUGUCUAUCUGCCAUGAGCUCUUCCAAGAAUGGUUUCAGCAGCCGCUCCGUGGACUCGUACCCCCGCGCCGGAGCACAAAUCCCCCGGCAGGGGAACUCAUAUUUCGGGUUUGGGAACGUGUCACGGGCUGCGGCCCCCAUCAGGGCUGUGUCUGUUAACACAAGCCUCCUAACUCCUGUGGAUCUUCAGCUGGACCCGGACCUGCAGGCGGUGCGGAUCCAGGAGAAAGAAGAGAUCAAAACUCUCAACAAUCGCUUUGCCUCCUUCAUUGACAAGGUCCGUAAAUUAGAGCAGGAGAACAAACUUUUAGAGACUAAAUGGCAGCUGCUACAGAAAGAGUCUAAACCCGAGUCUAAACUGGAGCCCAUGCUGAAGUCCUACAUAACUACCCUGCGGUCACAGCUGGAGCAGGUGAACAAAGACAGAGAACACCUGGACGCCGAGCUCAGGAAUGUCCACGCACAGGUUGAGGAACAGAAACAAAGGUAUGAAGAUGAGAUUACUAACAGAAAUACAGCUGAAAAUGAGUUUGUUUUUCUGAAGAAGGAUGUGGAUACUUCAUACUUGUGUAAAAAUGCCUUGGAAGAUAAAAUAGCAGCGGUUCUGGAUGAACUGCUCUUUUUCAAGAGCUUCUAUGAACAGGAGCUGCGUGAGCUGCAGGAUGACGUGAAGGACAUGUCUGUUGUGGUGCAGAUGGACAACAGCAGGCAGCUGAACAUGGAGAAGAUCAUCGCUGCUGUGAAGAGCCAGCAUGAGGAGGUUUCAGCACACAGCCGAAAGGAAGCUGAGGUCUGGUACAAAAACAAGUUUGACUUGAUCUCAUCACAAGCUGACCAGUGCAACACUGAGCUGAAAGACAAUAAAGGUGCAAUCGCUGAUUUGAAAAGGCAGAUAACACGACUGCAAAAAGAGAUCAUCUCAGCAAAACCACAGCAUGAGAGUGUUGAGGAGCAAAUCAAAGAGGCGGAGCGUUGUGGUGAGGAGGCGGUGCUUGAUGCAAAAGAACAAAUAAAAUCACUGGAGGACGCAUUGCAGAAAGCCAAACACAAAAUGACCAAACAUAUUCGAGACUACCAGGAACUGAUGAACGUCAAACUGGCUCUGGAUAUUGAGAUCGCCACCUACAAGAAACUGCUGGAAGGAGAAGAAGACAGGCUUGGACUAUAAUCCACUGUAAACAUCCAUCCAGCCCAUAAACCCA